ACGGAAGUGCCCGAGGCGGCCAGAGUCAUCACCAUGGCUCUCUCUAUGAUUACCAUCAGCGUGCUCGCUAUUUGCCUAACCCGCCGUAUGCAGCUGGUCACGAAUUGGAAGACCCUUCCGUUAACAAAUAUUCUCAUUAUUGCGAUAUAUGUCGACUCAUUUCUCUUCAUAUUCUGCACAGCGGUGCUGUCUAAAGCAUAUUCGUUAAACCAAUCGGCCGGUAUAUGCGAUGGGGCCAUCUUACUCUGUUUGGCGUCUUAUAUGACGACGAAAAUCAUGAUUUACUACUUUUUGGUUGAGAAGGUUCACAUCAUCAGAACCACAAACACUUCGCGUAUGAAGAGCAAGCUAUGGCUGUUCAACUUUUUUGGUGUCAUUUGCCCCUACGUUGUCCUGGUUGUCCUUAACUUCGUCUUCCGUAUCGCAUACCUCAACGAAAAGGGUGUGUGCGUGAUUGGAAUGAAAAGACUUGCUCUUGUACCACUCAUCACGUUCGAUAUCAUCCUCAAUGUCUACUUGACAUCGCUCUUCCUACACCCCCUUCGUCAGUGCUACUCGUUCAAGCAAGGAACAAAGUCUUCGUUGCGAACGUUGGUCGUUCGAACAUUUGUAGGAUCCUGCGCUACACUCCUCAUGAGUGUCGUCAACUUGUCGGUUCUUACGAUUCUUGACGGCGAGCCCGGAUACAUCUGUCUGUGCUUGUGCAACCUCGACAUUCUUUUCACUGUUUGCGUGUUACAUUGGGCAACAGCAAUCGAUCGUCAAGACCGAACCACGACUUCCGGAUCCCAAAGACCCAACUUCAUCUCUGGUUCCAGGAGUGGGACGAACAGCACA